UUAUUUUUGUUGUCCGCGCACGACAGAAGCCGGCAGGUUGGUCGCCAAUAAAGACGAAGCUUCUUGUUUUUAUGACGAAUGAUUUCGUUGUCCAUUGGCGCAGGUUUUCCGUAGUCAACCGGAGCCAAUCAAGAGAACCUCCUGGUGAACCAGUGCGCUUCUGCGAAUCUGUGUAGGUGGGCCACAAAGAGCAGCCUGGCUUGACGGGCAAAGGGGCAGCCAUGCAGAUGGAGCAGUACCAGGUGGUGAGCUCGGUCGGGGCAAGUCCCUCGCAGGGGCAGCCUCUGGCUGUGGCCGCCACUGACCAGCAGCAGCAGCAGCAGGUGGCCGUCAUGCAGUCCCUCUCGGGGACACCCAUUGCCCACGUUGCCACUGCACAGCCACAGGUGCUGCAAGUCUCCCAAGGCAAUGGCCAGGCCCAGCUGCUGCAAGCUGGUGGCCAGCAGAUCAUGGUGCAGACAUUGCCAAAUGGCCAGACUGCUGCUAUUCAAAUACAAAACCAGCCAGGCCAGCAAAUACCCCAGCUUCAAGUGAUCCCUAUCGGCCAGCUCCAAGGGCAGCAGGGGCAGCAGAUUAUCAUUCAGCAACCCCAGCAAGGGCAGAUUCUGCAAACGUCAGAUGGCCAAACGCUUGUGUACCAGCCUGUCACAGUUGAUGGCACAAACUUUGUACAGGGGCCUGGAGGUAUAAUCCAGAUUCCACAAGUUGCAUCUGCGGGAGCACCACAAGUGGUACAGGCAGCACAGGCUCCACAAGCCAUAACCCUGCCAUCCUCUGUGGGAGGUGGAAACAUUGUCAUGUUCCAACAGGUGAUGCCCAACCACAACGCCGUGGCGGCUGCUCAGGCAGCAAACGCGGGAGCAACCCUGCAGGCGGUACAGCGCAUCCCUUUGCCAGGAGCUACCGCUACUGCCACCGCCGUCCCUGCUGACGUGGUGGAGGAGGAACCACUGUAUGUCAACGCCAAGCAGUACCAUCGCAUCCUGAAGCGGCGACAGGCCAGGGCACGACUCGAGGCCGAAGGUCGCAUACCCAAAGAGCGAAGGAAAUACCUGCACGAGUCUCGGCACCGACAUGCGAUGAACCGUAUUCGCGGUGAGGGUGGCCGAUUUCACUCGGGUAGCUCGCGCAAGGACCAUGGAGAGAACUCGCCUGGCGACACUGGCAGCAACCAAAAUUCUGUGGAUGGCUCCUCGCAGCAUGACGAUGUCUCCAAUGGUCUUCACUCCCUUGAGGUACUCGAGAACCAGACGGCAAAAUACACCUUCACCGUGCAGAACGGUCUCAUCAACGUCAUGCCCUCAGAACUUAUGGUGGCAGGUGGAGACUCAAACUGACAGACAGUGACCAGCAGCAACCAUCAUCAAAACUUCAUUGUUCUUAUCAUCAUCAUCACCGUCAUCAGUCUCCUUUUUCAUCUGUACAAAGAAUACCAGGAAUGCACCAUAACCAUGUGUACAUAUCUCAAAAAGCUGCCGACGUUGUUGGUGAAAGACGGGCAUCUGACGGUACCUCUCGUGUGUUUGUUGUCAUCAACAGCCGAUACUAAUAAGUCUGCUACUGCAAGAGCUGCUGCCCCUCUUUUCCUUCGUGCAGCACAGUGAGACAAAACUAAACAGAAGAGUUUCUUUUUUUGGCGUUUCAUACUUCAAGACACUUGCCUUAAUUUUGUGUGUGUGAGUGCGUGUGAACAUGUACACCUUGAAAGGUUGCAGCGUAUUCAAAACAUAUCAAUGCUAGUUAAUUAUGAUUAUUAAAUGCAUUUUCGGGUCUGGCUAAAAAAUUUGCAGUUGAACUUAUAUAGCAUCCAUGCACAUCAUUGCCAAAUAACUACAAGAAUCAUAAUGUCAGAAAAUGUACUAAAGAAUAAGAUAUCUUUUUUUACCACAUGAACCUUUCUUUUGCGUAUUGCGGUAGUUUCGUGCUCUGUGACUAAAUCUUUUCAUACGGUCUCAUUCAUGAUGCAGUGAAUCUAGUUGCAAUGACAGAUAUUUUGUGCCAAGCCGAAAGUGAAUGAAAGUUGUGCAUUCUGUGAAGUGCCACGUACUCUGGCACUAUAGAUGCAGCACCACUGAUGUUGAGUUGGAAGUCAUUCCGUUGCAAAUGUGAAAGUAUGUGACGCACAUGAUGGCAAAACAUGUAUAUAAAUGUUUAAGUAAGGAUGCAUAUGAUAGUCUGGGUAGCAAAUGUGAAAGUAUGUGACGCACGUGAUGGCAAAACAUGUAUAUAAAUGUUUAAGUAAGGAUGCAUAUGAUAGUCUGGGUUUCGCUUUUUAAUGUAACAAUGUACAUGAUAGUCUUGGUUUUGUUCUUUAAUGAUCAACACACAAAUCUAUGUUUGUCGAGGGGCAUCUUACUGAUUGUGCCCCCAUAACUGGCAUCUCAUUUGUAUUGGCUGAAACUGUUGCAAGUUGUACAGACAUGUUAGUAAGAACAAUUUGUGAAUGCCCAUGUGCAUUUCAAUUGAAAAACUUGGAUGUUUACGCAUUGGGAAUGGAUAAGAAAAUGUGAAGUGCUGUUUUGUGUGAUCAGUUAAUGCAGCAAAACACACUCUGAAAUCGCGUGACUACCAUUUCCAAGCGUGUGCAUGUUAAUGCAAGCUAUGUACAUAUGCAUCUAAAAAAGGUUUAAUGAAUAAAAAAUAUGUAGGUGGAGCAUGUUUACAUUUUUAAUAGUACUAAUGUUUGACAAUGUUUUGUGAGCACAGGUUGCAUACUUCUGCAAUGCCCAUCAUUGAAGUCAUGUCAUUUUUUUCUCUGCAUUAAUAAUUUAUUUUCUGGGAGAAAGCUUUCAUGAGUUGUUGGUGCAUCUGUUUGCAUUGCCAACAGAGCUGGUACUUAAUGCAACGAAAAUACCAAGCAAGUUCCGCUUCUCCGGAGGCGUAAUCACAGCUUGGUUUUGGUCAGGGCUGCUUUGCCAAAUUUGGCCCGCACGACGUAUCUCUGGUUCUUAAGCCCAUUGCAUUGGGUUGCCUUUGGAGGCAAUGUCAUGCCUACUAACAUAUGCACUUUUGUACUUGUACAAACGGAUUUGUGUUCCUUCUACUGGUCCUAAGACAUGCAAGGUGUUCUUAAUUUUUGUGUUGUAUUGUUGCAAUAGUCUGAAGUGUGCCCUUGUUGUGAUUAAAUUUCUUAUUGAUGAUUCAAA